AUGGUUACGCUUCUGACGGGAAUGUACCCAGAGUCACCACCCAUUCCCACAUGGAUGGAAUUCGGUCAGGUGGAGGGAUGGGGUUACGGUGCCUACGUCUUGGAAGGGUUGAAGCCAUACGUUGACCCUCGCCUCACAAACAUCUUGGCGCGCUGCAUGAUGGAGAACCCGGAUCACCGACCUGAUAUCGGCGAGCUGCAAGGCGAAAUGGUGGCCAUAUUGGGACAUUAUCGACAUCUCGGGCAGCAAGAAGGUAACCCGGACGAGACGGACUGGCCAAGGAACUGGCACAAAGCUCCAUAUGAGGAGCAGACACCAUGGACAGAUAGACAAUUGCAUGCAUGGGUAGAUGAAGCUCUUUACCAACCCGCAUCCGCGCUGGCUCCUGGUGUCCCCCCUCCGGCAGACGACGGGGGACUAAGUCCAGCACAAAUGGAGGAUGCUCAAGUUAAAGACGUGCAACAAGAGUUGAGCGAGUCUCAGCGGGAAGAACUAUUUGACAAGUGGGCCGACAAGAAGAGCCAGGCGUUUAAAGAUAAGCUGGAUGCCAUGCAGGAGGCCCAAGCCAUGAAGAUGUACGAGAGAUGGUGGGACCCAGCCCUGGAAAAGACAGAGACGUACAAACGGCAAAAGGAAUGGAAACGAUGGCUCAAAACAAGACCUCCAGCUGAGCAAGAAGAAGUCGACGCGAUGUCUCAAGCUGAGCAACAGGCCGCUUUCGAAAGCUGGCUCGCCAGGAGAGUGAAGGACGAAGAACAGGAGAGGCGAUUGCAGGCCUACAUCAAGCACCGUGAUUGGAAGCGGGAGUUCAAUCUGCUCUGGGCUUCCAGGCCCGCCGACCACCCUCCAGAAACCUACUACUCCUGGGUGUUGCAGAUGGCCAAGAUGGAAGCCACUCGGCCACACACGGAUGCCUACAUUGCCGACUGUGUUGAGCAGAUCAACGACUAUGUCAAGCAGCAGCAUCAGGACAUGAUUUCCCAGCUCGACAAGAGGGCAGAGAGGCGUAUUGCAGAACAGCGAGAUAUCAUAAGACAAUCGGGUCAGCCGCAUCUGACACCCCUGGAAAUACAAGUGAUAAGGCGUUACUACGAUGAGGACAUUUCGAUAUAUCUUCCCACGCUGGGGACCAGUCUCUCAAGGCGUAUCUACCGGCUGCAGAAGGAGAUCUUUGGCCAAGACUGGCAUAUUGGGAAGUCCAGUCAGAUGAUCAGCCCAUUCCGUUCGAUUCCUUCCCUGGUGAAUCAGGACAGAAUCGUACCGUACAAGCACGACGGCAAUCCUCUUCCUAGCUCAAGCCCGCCACUGAGUCGCACUCCUACCCCGGAUCCCCCACGGUUGGAUUCUGCUCCUGGCGGAGGAGGAGGAGGAAAAGGAGAUGACGACGACGACGACGACGAUAGUGAUGAUGGUGGUGAUGGCGGAGCUGGUGGUGCAGCUGACGCCAGUGGUCCUAGUGCAAGCGGAGGCGGUGGAGGAGGAGGAGCUCCUCCACCCUCUGUUAGUAACGACGAUGAUGGUGACGAUGAUGUUGGUAUGGGUGGCCCUGCUCCGGCACCACAGCCUCAGGGACCAGUGUCAAGAUUCAACCCAAGUGCUCCUGUCUUCUACCCCGGUCCGAGAGUGGCUCCAUCUCCGACUGGUCGCCGUGGCGGUCGCCGUGCUCCACCUCCGACCGAUCGCCCAGCUCCCUCCGCGCCUCCACCCCCGCCUCCACCGGAGGUCGACCCUUACGAAGUCGAGUUUCCUGCGCUUGGUACGCCAGGCCCAGUUGUCCCUAAGCGUGUGGUCACCACCCAGACUGGACAGAACGAUGUCAAGGACGCCAGGAGAGCACGGCGGGCAAACAACCGAAAUCUCGAUCGCGUUUCUGUUCCAUGUGUUGGGCCUAGUACCGAUUCUGCAGCGGCCCCUCCGGCUAUCACCAUAACAGCCUCUACUCCUACAGCUCCUCUAGCUGCUAGCCCUGCGGUUGCCAUUAUUCAGGAGCGGAUGCAAGAAAUAGGAUUGGCAGGGCCAGCAGCACCACCACCUCAGCACUUCCAGGCGCCCCAUUUUGGAAAUCCAAUCCUUCCUAUGCCGGAAUUGGAGAACCCCAGAUUCGGAGCACCGAUGCUGCCGCCCAUCGGACAACCAGGAACGGGACUAUCGCUGUGGGACCCGGACGCAGCUUCAGCUCGAUUCGCUGGGCCCCUGCCGCCGGGCGUUCCGGUUCCGCCACAGUAUCGACAUCUUGCCCAGCAACAGCCUCUUCCUCCCGCGCCAUUCCCAUACGGCAACCCUCCCCAAGGCGCUUAUGGUGGUCCUCCAGUAGCUGGUUCUUCGGUACCUGGUCCUUCUGCACCUGGUCAGCAAGGCCGCCCCCGAGGACGACGUCCACCAUUUAAACCCGAACCUGGCAGAAACUCCAUGCCACUUCCAAAUGGAGGGCGCGUUGACCGUUGGGGAAAUUGGUUCCAUGAUCCACAGACAACACCCCCUUAUGUCUGGAGAGAUCCUAAGAUCCGACCUCGCUCGCCUACGCGUCCCCCGCCGCCGCCUGGAAUGGUUUUGCCCCCCUUCCCAAACUGGGACUCACCUUGGCUGGAUUAUGUGUACCCUAGGGACUACGUCGCUCCGCUUGUGAAUGGACAACCGCCGACGCCCAAGACGAAGUACCAGAAGCAGAGAAUGGAAGAGGCAGACAAGGUCAGGGAAGAGGAUGCGCGAAGGGAGAAGGAGAAAAAGACACGUGAAGAGCAAAGGGCUGUCAUGCAGGCUAGACAUCAACAACGCUUGAGGGAAAGGCAGAGACAGAACCAAGAUUACCAGCCUCCGGAUGAAGGUGAAGGCGAGAUUUCACCUAGGUCACUACAAGCCUUCCGAGUCUGGAAAAAGAAGAACAAGCGGGCGGAAAGAGUACAGGACGCGAGAAGGGAGAGGGUCCUGGAGCGGGGGAGGGAGAUUGAGAGGGAAAGACGAAUGGAAGAACCGCCUCCGCCCCCGCCGCCCAACUCACCUGACGCGUUGGAUUUCCAGAGAAGAUUACGAGAGGUCUUACAACGACGUGCCGACAGAGCGCAGGCGGCAGCAGAGCGAAGGGCCACGAUAGCGGAUGCACAAUGGAGAUUGGAGAUGGAGCGUGACCAUGACCCCGCGAACAUCGACCGAACCAAUGUUGGUCCUCCCCCACAGUUACCCCCUCCUCGCCCGCUCACCCCCUUGCGAGGAAGCCCAACUUCACCACCAUCACAAAGGGCUGGACGGUUCGGGCCUGUUGGUCAAGACCGCGUUGAACACGAUCCCGACAGUGAUAUAGAGGGUCGGCCUCCACCGCCGAGAAGGGAGCGCUGGUGGCAUACCAGAUCUCCUUACAAUCAGGGAGGCCGCAACUGGAUGCAAUCUAGCUCGUCCGACGAGGAUGAAGACACCAUCCUCAGAUCCCCAGAUUGGUUUCGACGAAGGCAACAACAAGAACGGGCUCUCGAUGCCAGAAGGCAAGGCGACAGGGUGCUGUCUGGUCGUGUCAGGCCCCAACCCGAACGCAGAUCCCUGCUCUCGCGCUUGGUAGACUUCAGCACGGCCAUCACGUCCCCGCCUCGGCCCGGGCGUUGGGGUGUAAUCGGCGCAAUUGAUGGAUGGUUGAGGAACCAGGGCAGAACCUCCAACGAGACCGGGAGCCCAUUGCGGCGGCGGAGGGACUCGGGAGCGCCAGGGCGGAAUCUAGGUGUGGAUAUCGAUGCACUACCUCGGAUUGAAUCACUCACCCGGACGGUGAGGCCACGGCCCGUACCGUUUGAGGAACCAUGGGUAUCACUGCGGCGGCAGCAGCAUCAGCAACGUCAGCAGCAGCAAAGACGUCAGCAGCAGCAAGGGGGCCAGCAGCAGCAGGAAGAUCAGGACGUGGUUAUGACGGACGCAGAUUAA